CUGCAGCAUCCAGCAGGUUCUGCCUCUCCUGCGCCUGCUCUCUCUCACUCUCUCUCCCUCCCUCCCUCACUCCUCAUCCUCCGUCCAGAGUGUCUGUUCAUCCGUCUGUCCCGCACACAAUCUCUCCAUAUCCCUCUCUCUGUCAUUGAAACUUUCAGCACCUACACAGAUCCUGCAGACCCUCCAUCGACACACUCAGCGUCCAGGAUGGAUGUUCUAAUGAAGGGAUUCUCCAUGGCCAAAGAAGGAGUGGUGGCGGCCGCUGAGAAGACUAAAGCUGGGGUUGAAGAGGCAGCGCUCAAGACCAAGGAAGGGGUCAUGUAUGUGGGCAACAAGACAAAGGAGGGAAUGGUUUCAGGUGUAAACACAGUUGUCCAGAAGACCACCGACCAGGCAAAUAUAGUGGGUGAAACGGCAGUAGGCGGUGCUAAUGUAGCGGGCCAGAAUACAGUAGAGGGACUGGAGAACGUGGCGGCAUCGACCGGCAUGGUGAACCCGGAUGAGGCUUUAUAUGAGGGUGACUUCUCUCAUGGUGGUAUGGAAGGAGGAGAGGGUGGAGAGGGAUAUUAAUCCAUAAACCUGAAGCUGAAACGGUCCCCCCCUCUCCACCUCUACGUUUCUGCUCCAAAGCCUCACCCGACCAGACUUCCAGAUCUUACUGAUAUUUUUCUGUGACUGUAUGGAAAACCAGAGUUGAAAAAGACUUUCCCUGAGCCCUGUAGCCUUUAGAUGUGUGACGCUUCCCUCCUUUACAUCUGUGGUGUCGUCAUGCUGUUCUCUAGUGUUACUGUCAAUCCUCUGCCUGUUCACAACACACAAAACACACACACACACUCCAACACGUACUUCCUCUCAAACCUCCCCCCCAAAAAAUGAACAGGAACCGUAAAGCCCAGAGGCUGAUAUUAGAGAUUGGAGGUGCUUUUUAGAAGCAUGGAUGGGGAAAAAAAUAAAUAAAGAAUUAAAGAUACCCGCAUGACCAGUAAUGUAAGAAAAGCAAUACAUCUCAUUUCAUCAGGGCAUGUAGCAAUGUGUGUCUGAAUCUUUUGUGAGAUAUGUUUUUUUUUUCGUCUCGAAAAUGCUGCAUUGGUGUACAUUUAAGUGUACAUUAACAGAUACAUGACAUUCCUUUAGUUCGUGUGUGUGCAGAAUAGGAGUUGACCAAUAGACUUCUCAUGUGAUUUAAUAGAGUAACAACAAAAAUGUGAACGCAUACCAUAGAUACUGUACUACAAACUAUUAUUAUCCGUAUCGAUGUAGCUAUGCUAGAUUUGCGUUUCUUCAUUACAGUUAGGAUUAACCCUUUAACUGUCCGUCCUACUCUGAAAAUGACUAGUCUUUCUUAAAUUGGUGUAAAUCUUGAACAAUUUUGGUGCGCAGAUCUAAGAUUGAUCUCAUUUUAAAGAAGACUCUUGUCAGAAUAUGGCAAAAAAUAAAAAUAAAAUAAAUAAAUGUUUUCCAAGUUAGGUUUCUACCAAUUUUUCACAAUUUUACAAGUGGAUUGCUGUAGUAAAGUAAUAGUAAAUUAUUUCACAAAUGAAGAAAAAAAAUAUAUAUUGCUCAAUAAUAUAUUUCAAGACACUUGUCAGAAUGUGUCAAGUGUAAAAUAAUAUUAAUGAUAAAAUAAAUAAAUGUUUUCCAAAUUAGGUUUCUUCCAAUUUGUCAUGAUUUUAUAUGCUGAUUGCUGUAGUAAAGUAACAGUAAAUUAUUUCACAAAUGAAGAAAAAUAUAUAUAUUGCCGAUUAAUAUAUAUAAAACCUCAAAUGUGAAAGCUACAAUUUCGAUUCUUUCGAUUUCGAUAUAUCUUGUCACCAUGCGCUGGUUUAAUCCACAAGUGGAACUGUCAAUUAAAGGGUUAAAAAGGUGUUUAUUGAAACAAAGAGGACAUAUUAUGUUAUGUUGCAAUGCAUGUGAAGUCGGUGUGUGAUCAUGAAUUUGUGAUGUAACAGCAAUACUAAUGCACCAUUGCGAAGUGUGUGAUUGGUGUGUUAUUUUUUUGUAGCAUUGUGCUACUGUAUGCUGACUUUAGGCACUGUGUUUUAUCGAGGGAAUGCAUAAGAAGAGUAGAACUAUACUAUAAGAUGGCCGUCUUAAUCAUCACCAUCAUCGUCAUCAUUAUCAUCAUGAACCCUUAUCCAGACCCAUGCACCCCAGGCUUGUGUCUGCUGUAGGGAACUAUAAGACGAAGCUAUCAAACAUUGCAGUUUGUAUUUUCUUUGACGCCACAAAAAAAAUUGAAGACUGCAUGUUGCCUUAUCAGCAUUCCUGUAUUCACUUGCACACAUGCACACACAAAGCUAAGGAUGAAAAACAGUCAUCUCAAGCUUUCUUUCUUUGAGCCUGUCUCUGUCGAAAACACAUACACACACGCACAGACACAAACAAAUGUCCCACAUAGUUUUUGUUGGCAUCAAAGCAGGCAAGCUGAUUUUAUAAACUGUAUAAGUGAAAUAAAGAGUUUUGUUGAAAUCUAAA